AUGCCCAAAAAUCAAUCAACAAUAUCAUCCAUGUCUCGUGCAUCAACUUCCGCUGUCACAACUGCUCAUAGUGAACAAUCAUUGGGGCCUAAUUUAAAGUCUCGUCUCGAGGCACUCGAAGCUGCUAUGGGCGUGCGACUCAAUGUAGCCAAACGACAAGGACGUCAAUCAUUGUCUAAUACUACAAGUUCAUCACCAAUGCAAAUUUCACCUACAUCAGCAUCGUCGACGACGAUAAGUACAAAUACAAAUACAACUACUUCACUUUCAACAUCAACUCGUCAUAAUAUUCCAACACGAACAGGCCAAGGUAUACAACGAUCUGCUUCGUCAUGUGAUACAGAAAAUCGUCCCGGUCCAAUUAAACGUCUUAAACCAUCAUUACCUAUCGAAACAUCGUCAUCAUCUACUGCUACCGCUAUUGCAACAAUAAAAAAAUAUACACCACCCAUACGUCGACCUAUAACAACGCUUAUAGCUCCCAUACGCCCUGUACAAUCGAAAUCAUCACCUCUCAUCAAACAACGAUCAUCACCCAUGGAUACAUCAUCAUCAUCAUUACGUUCAUCACGUUCAUCAACGAUAAAUAGUAAUAAUACAAAUUAUCAUACAUUAAUUGGACUUUCAACCAAAACUCCUCAUACAUCAUCAACAAAACAAAUCAUUAUUACUUCAUCAUCAUCAUCAUCACCACCACCUCCACCAGCACGUCCAGCAACAUAUCCACGUAAACAUCGUGUACCAAUAUUUGGUGAACAAUUUUCUGAUGAUAUACUUAAAACAAAUCUAUUAUGGAUUAAUUUAAAUGAACUUGAUGAUGAAGGUCAAACUGAAGUUGUUAUACAAUUCGGUUCAAUAGACAAUUUUCUUCGUGAACAGCAAUCAUUUUCUGCUAAACAACAACAAUUAAAAUUAGUAGCAAGAAAUAAAACAAUUGUCAAUCGAACACGCCUUCAAUCAUUAUUACCGAAGAAAGAUCGAUUAGAACUACUGUAA